UAAAACGUGGCCUUCCUACUCUGGAGCACAACAACUCACCUGAAGCACCAAGACCUGUCUCUCUAAUGGCGCUCAGCAUGAGCUUCUCUUUCUAUGGUUGGGUUGUGUAUGCAUUCGCCAUAGCUACUACUGUUGUGUAUUGUGCGACCUUCGAUGAGCUUUUCGAGCCCAGUUGGGCUCAAGACCAUUUCAUGUACGAGGGAGAAACUCUCAAGCUCAAGCUCGAUAACUCGUCUGGUGCUGGAUUUGGUUCGAAGAGCAAGUACUUAUUUGGGAAGACGAGUGUUGAGAUUAAGCUCGUCGAAGGCGACUCUGCUGGUACCGUAACCGCAUUCUAUAUGUCUUCUGAUGGACCAAAUCACAAUGAAUUCGACUUCGAGUUCCUCGGAAACACGACGGGGGAGCCCUACCUGGUCCAAACCAACAUAUAUGUCAAUGGAGUUGGAAACAGGGAGAUGCGCCACAGUUUCUGGUUCGAUCCCACCAAAGACUUCCACUCCUACUCCCUCUUCUGGAACCAAAACCAAGUCAUGUUUCUGGUAGAUGAAACGCCAUUGCGAGUGUUUAGAAACAAAGAGAAAGAGGGGAUUCCAUUUCCAAAGGACCAAUCAAUGGGGGUGUAUAGCUCUAUCUGGAACGCGGACGAUUGGGCAACGCAAGGAGGAAGGGUGAAAACGGAUUGGAGCCACGCCCCCUUUGUCUCCACUUACAGAGGAUUUAACAUUGACGCGUGUGAGUGCCCUACCUCAGAGCACGUGCGGAUUUGCAGCACGGCGUCUGUUGGGGACGGGAAGAGGUACUGGUGGGCCAGUGAUUGGCUUGCCGGGCCUAACGUACAUCAGGCCCAUCAGAUGGCGUGGGUUAGGGCCCACCACCUUGUUUAUGAUUACUGCGAGGAUUCAGCUCGGUUUCCUGCUAAGCCACCCGAGUGUUAAUGGGCCCAUGAGACAGUGGGGUUGGGGGCCUGGGCUCUGGGUUUUUGGGGGUGUUCAUAAUUUUGGUUUUUCUUUUGGGGGUGAGGAUGUGCUGUUUUGAUAGACAUGAUACGUUGUUCUUUUAUUUGUGGCUUUCCUGUUUUUGUGGUUAUUGAGAAGGCCUUUCUCUCUCGUCCUGUCUCCGGGAUGGGAGUGGAUGGUGCCCUGUAAACAAUUGGUUGCUUAUCACGAGAUAACCUCCUUCUUACUUUUUUU